AUCUUUGCAGGGUUUGACAGCAGCUCUGACCUGGAGCCGAGGAGAGUGAGCCCGGGACCGAAGACGAAGAGGAAGGAGAAGCGAGUUAGAUCUGUGUUUUCCUCCCCCACAAUGAAGCCAACAUCUUAGAAACCUGCUUCUGCAGCGGAGACAGGAGGAGGGCUGCAUUCGAACGCGCAGAGACGCCGCUGGUUCACACGACCCCCAGAAAAUGCCUCAUUUGAGCGAUCCCUCCGGACCGGUGGAGACCCGGCGGAACUGAUGGGACACGCGGGCUGUGACUAAAUCCCCUCUGGUGAAUGACAGUGUAUCGGAGAGACUACGUGACAGCGACACACAGACACACACGGAAGCGCGGACAUGGCUGACAGGACUGCUCCCAACUGCCACCUGAGACUGGAGUGGGUGUACGGAUACCGGGGACACCAGUGCCGCAACAACCUGUACUACACCGCCGCCAAGGAAAUAGUCUAUUUCGUCGCCGGUGUGGGAGUUGUGUACAACACCCGAGAGCACAAGCAGAAAUUUUACCUGGGACACAACGAUGACAUAAUCAGUUUAGCUCUGCAUCCGGAGCGCGUGUUGGUGGCCACGGGACAGGUGGGCAAGGAGCCGUACAUCUGCGUUUGGGACUCGUACACCGUGCAGACCGUGUCCAUCCUCAAGGACGUGCACACACAUGGCAUCGCCUGCCUGGCCUUCGACCUCGAGGGACAGUGCUUGGUGUCUGUGGGCCUGGACUCGAAAAACACAAUCUGCGUGUGGGACUGGAGGAGAGGGAAGGUCCUGGCAGCCGCUCCCGGUCAUACAGACAGGAUAUUCGACAUUUCAUGGGAUUUGUACCAGCCGAGCAAGCUUGUGAGCUGCGGUGUCAAACACAUCAAGUUUUGGAGCUUAUGCGGUAAUGCUCUCACACCGAAACGUGGCGUUUUCGGCAAAACGGGGGAUCUCCAGACCAUCCUCUGCCUCGCGUGCGCCAAGGACGAGGUCACGUAUUCAGGGGCCUUGAACGGUGACAUCUACGUGUGGAAAGGGAUCAACCUGAUGAGGACGGUGCAGGGAGCUCACGGGUCAGGGAUUUUCAGCAUGAAUGCCUGUGAAGAGGGCUUCGCCACCGGGGGCCGAGACGGCUGCGUCCGGCUGUGGGAUCUCAACUUCAAACCAAUUACCGUCAUUGAUCUCAGGGAAACAGAUCAAGGAUAUAAAGUAGCUAGAGGUGAAAAUAGCCGAGGGCUGUCUGUGCGGAGUGUGUGCUGGCGGGGCGAUCACAUCCUGGUGGGAACACAGGACAGCGAGAUCUUUGAGGUGGUGGUCCACGACCGAAACAAGCCCUUCCUCAUCAUGCAGGGUCACUGUGAGGGCGAGCUGUGGGCGCUUGCCGUGCACCCCACCAAGCCUCUGGCCAUGACAGGAAGUGACGACCGCUCAGUCAGGAUAUGGAGCCUUAUAGAUCAUGCUUUAAUAGCCCGCUGUAACAUGGAGGAGCCCAUCCGCUGUGCCGCUGUUAGCACCGAUGGCAUUCACCUAGCGCUGGGAAUGAAGGAUGGCUCGUUCACUGUUCUAAGAGUCAGAGAUAUGACAGAGGUGGUUCACAUCAAGGACAGGAAGGAGGCCAUUCAUGAGCUCAAGUAUUCUCCUGACGGGGGCCAUUUGGCUGUCGGCUCCAACGAUAACUCAGUGGACAUCUACGGUGUGGUGCAGAGGUACAAGAAAGUGGGCGAGUGCAUUGGCUCCAACAGCUUCAUUACACACAUGGACUGGUCCACAGACAGCAAAUACCUGCAGACCAACAACGGCAGCGGCAGGAGGCUUUUCUACAGGAUGCCAAGUGGGAAGGAGGUGACCAACAGGGAAGAGCUGAAGCUGGUACAGUGGGCGUCGUGGACGUGCGUGUUGGGCCCCGAGGUUAAUGGGAUAUGGCCCAAGUACUCCGAUAUCAAUGACAUCAACUCUGUGGAUGCCAACUUCAACAAUCAAGUCUUAGUAACAGCUGACGACUAUGGCUUAGUCAAACUUUUACGAUAUCCAUGUAUAAAAAAAGGUGCAAAAUUUAAAAAGUAUUUAGGUCAUUCAGCCCACAUAACCAACGCUAGAUGGUCACAUGACUACCAGUGGGUGAUAACUAUUGGUGGUGCUGAUCACUCCGUGUUCCAGUGGAAGUUUGUUCCUGAGAGAAAAUCUAAAGAAGCUCUGCAUAUAGCGCCGCAAGAGACCUUGGCCGACUCGAACAGUGAGGAGUCGGACUCUGACCAGUCGGACGUGCCUGAGAUGGACUCGGAAAUCGAGCAGGAGACGCAGCUGACAUAUCGACGACAGGUUUAUAAAGAAGAUCUACCUCAGCUCAAAGAGCAGUGCAAAGAGAAGCAUCGAGCAACAGCCAUGAAAAAGAGGGAGCGAGCGCCAGGGAGCAGGUUGAAGCUGCACUUUAUUCAUGGCUACAGAGGCUACGAUUGCAGGAGCAACCUGUUCUACACGCAGGCCGGGGAGAUCGUCUACCAUGUAGCUGCCGUCGGGGUUGUGUACAACAGACAGCAGAAUACCCAGCGUUUCUACAUGGGCCACGAUGAUGACAUCCUCUGUCUGGCUAUACACCCCCUCAAGGACUUUGUAGCAACAGGCCAGGUUGGCAGAGAUUCCGCCAUCCACAUAUGGGACACAGAAAUGUUGAAACCCAUGUCCGUGUUGAAGGGCUUCCACCAGCUCGGAGUGUGCGCUCUGGACUUUUCCGCGGACGGGAAGCGGCUGGCCUCGGUGGGCCUGGACGACAACCACACCAUCGUGCUGUGGGACUGGAGGAAGGGGGAGAAGCUCUCUGCCAUGCGGGGAAGCAAGGACAAGAUCUUCGUCGUCAAGAUCAACCCCUACCUGCCUGACAAGCUCAUCACAGCUGGGGUGAAACACAUGAAGUUUUGGCAUAAAGCUGGUGGCGGCCUAAUUGGGCGCAAGGGGAACAUGGGGAAGACGGAAACUAUGAUGUGUGCCGUGUACGGCUGGUCGGAGGAGAUGGUGUUUUCAGGCACAUGCACCGGGGACAUUUGCAUCUGGAGGGACAUGUUCCUGAUGAAGACUGUGAAAGCUCAUGACGGCCCUGUCUUCAGCAUGCACGCUCUGGAAAAGGGAUUCGUGACUGGAGGAAAGGAUGGUAUAGUGGCUCUGUGGGAUGACACGUUCGAGAGAUGUCUCAAGACCUACGCCAUCAAGAGAGCCGUCCUCGCUCCAGGCUCUAAAGGGCUGCUGUUGGAAGACAACCCCUCCAUACGUGCCAUAUCUCUAGGCCACGGCCACAUCCUGGUGGGGACCAAGAACGGCGAGAUCUUGGAGGUGGACAAGAGUGGCCCCAUCACUCUGCUGGUCCAGGGCCACAUGGAGGGUGAAGUGUGGGGCCUGGCCACUCAUCCCCAUCUCCCGCUCUGUGCCACCGUCAGCGAUGACAAAACCCUGCGCAUAUGGGACCUCUCACCCAGUCACUGCAUGCUGGCUGUGCGCAAGCUCAGGAAAGGCGGCCGCUGCUGCUGCUUCUCCCCUGACGGCAAAGCCUUGGCGGUGGGCCUCAACGACGGCAGCUUCCUCAUCGUGAACGCCGACACCCUGGAGGACCUGGUGUCCUUCCACCACCGCAAAGACAUCAUUUCUGAUAUCAGAUUCUCUCCAGGUGCUGGGAAAUACCUCGCGGUAGCAUCCGGAGACACGUUUGUGGAUAUUUACAAUGUAAUGAGCAGCAAAAGGGUCGGAGUCUGCAAAGGAUGCCUCAACUACAUUACCCAUCUGGACUGGGACAAGAGAGGAAAACUACUUCAGGUCAACACAGGUGCUAAGGAGCAGUUUUUUUUCGAAGCUCCUCGUGGCAAGAAGCAGACCAUUCCGUCUACCGAGGUGGAGAAGAUUGACUGGAGCACAUGGACGUGUGUCCUGGGAACAUCAGUUGAGGGAAUCUGGCCUGUGAUCAGUGAGGUCACAGAGGUUACCGCCGCCUGCCUUAGUAACGACAGGAAGGUUCUGGCAACAGGAGAUGAUUUGGGAUACGUCAAGCUCUUUAGAUACCCUGUCAAGGGGAAGUACGCAAAGUUCAAGCGCUAUGUGGCCCACAGCGCUCACGUUACCAACGUGCGGUGGACCCAUGACGACAGCCUCUUGGUAACAGUGGGCGGGGGUGACACAUGCCUCAUGAUCUGGGCCCAUGAGCCCGAGGGCCACCGGGAAUUCAAACAGUGCGACAGUGAGGAGUCGGACAUCGAGAGUGAGGAUGACGGAGGUUAUGACAGCGACGUGACGAGAGAGAACGAGAUCACCUACACCAUCAAGGCCUUAUCCAGCAACAUGCGACCCAUGAUUGGUGUGAAACCCCACCUGCAGCUGAAGGAGCCCUCUGUGGAUGAAAGACAAGGGGUGGUCAGAGGGUCAAGGCCUCCUGUCAGCAGAGCGCUGCCACAGCCGGAGAAGCUGCAGACCAACAACGUCGGCAAAAAAAAGAGGCCGAUUGAGGACCUGGUGUUGGACCUGGUUUUUGGUUACCGUGGAAAUGACUGCCGCAACAACGUGCACUACCUGAACGAGGGGGCGGACAUCAUUUACCACACGGCCUCAAUUGGCAUCGUGCUCAACUUGACGACCUCCUGCCAAAGUUUCUACGUAGAACACAGUGACGACAUUCUGUGCCUGACAAUCAAUCAACAUCCCAAAUUCCCCAACGUGGUGGCAACUGGCCAAGUAGGUGAUACUGGUGACAUGUCAGCCACGUCUCCAUCUAUUCAUGUGUGGGACGCCAUGACCAAACAAACGCUAUCGGUGCUACGUUGUUUCCACUCGGGCGGCGUGUGUUCCGUCAGCUUCAGUGCCACGGGAAAACUCCUGCUGUCUACGGGCCUGGACCCUGAACACACCGUCACCAUCUGGAAGUGGCAGGAAGGUGCCAAAGUGGCCAGCCGGAUAGGUCACACCCAGAGGAUCUUCGUGGCUGAGUUCAGGCCGGACUCGGACACGCACUUUGUGUCUGUGGGGAUCAAACACGUGCGUUUCUGGACGUUGGCUGGUCGAGCUCUGCUCAGCAAGAAAGGAGUGCUGAGCACCAUAGAGGACGCCCGGAUGCAGACCAUGCUCUCUGUAGCAUUUGGAGCUAAUAACUUGACAUUUACAGGUACCAUAAGUGGGGAUGUGUGUGUGUGGAAGGAACACAUUCUAGUAAGAAUAGUGGCCAAAGCUCACACGGGCCCCGUGUUCACCAUGUACACCACACUGAGAGACGGCCUCAUCGUCACCGGAGGCAAAGAAAGACCGUCUAAAGAAGGAGGAGCUCUAAAGCUCUGGGACCAGGAGCUGAAACGCUGCAGAGCCUUUCGAUUAGAAACUGGACAGAUCAUAGACUGUGUUCGCUCUGUAUGCAGAGGGAAGGGUAAAAUCCUGGUGGGCACCAGAAACGCAGAGAUCAUUGAAGUAGGGGAGAAGAACGCAGCGUGCAACAUCUUGGUGAACGGACACAUGGACGGGCCGAUCUGGGGCUUGGCCACGCAUCCUUCUAGGGAUGUGUUUCUGUCCGCUGCGGAGGACGGCACUGUUCGCCUGUGGGACAUCCCUGAGAAGAAGAUGCUGAAUAAGGUGAACCUGGGCCACCCGGCGCACACCAUCAGCUACAGUCCAGAGGGGGACAUGGUGGCCAUCGGCAUGAAGAACGGAGAGUUCAUCAUCCUGCUGGUGGCCUCACUGAAAAUCUGGGGCAAGAAAAGGGAUCGGCGCUCCCCUAUCCAGGAUAUCAGGUUCAGUCCAAACUCUCGUUACUUGGCCGUCGGCUCCAACGAGAGCUCCGUCGACUUCUACGACCUGACGCUCGGCCCCCAGCUGAACCGCAUCAACUGCUGCAGGGACAUCCCCAGCUUCGUCAUGCAGAUGGACUUCUCCGCAGACAGCAACUCCGUCCAGAUAUCCACAGGUACUUAUAAACGACUGGUGUACGAGGUGCCGUCUGGGAAACCAGUCACAGAGCAGUCCCUCAUUGACAGGAUUACCUGGGCCUCCUGGACGAGUGUCCUGGGGGACGAGGUUGUUGGGAUCUGGUCCCGUAACACGGACAAAGCAGACGUCACCUGUGCCUGUGUUUCCCACUCAGGCCUUAAUGUCGCCACAGGCGACGACUUUGGAAUGGUGAAGCUGUUUGACUUUCCAUGUCCAGAGAAGUUUGCCAAACACAAACGCUUUCUGGGCCACUCUGCUCACCUGACCAAUGUGCGCUUCACAAGCGGAGAUCGCUUUGUCGUCAGCGCCGGCGGAGAUGACAGAAGCCUCUUUGUGUGGAGGUGUGUCCACGCCCCUCACUGAGGACCGCGCCUGGACCCUCCUGCCUCAGAAAGCUUCUCUCAGCACGGCUCUCCAGAGGAAGAGAAUCAGCGAAAAGAAGCCGCUUGAAGAAAAAGGAGGACAGACGUGGCAGCUUGUAAAUGAGGACAAGCGGUGAUUUCGAAUCACUGCCUCAAAACUUGGUGCAUGCAUUUGUGCGAGGCUCAUUUUCAUCAUAGCAUCAGUCCCAACUGUGAACACAGGCGGAUACUGCUCUGACAGUAUCGCAUCAUCACUGAGAAAAAAAAAAGAGGCAUCCCUCUAACACAGUAUGUGCAUAUCAUUUUUUUUCAGAAUGAGAGAAUCUGUGUCCCACAGGCCUGUGAACUUGUGUUACUGACAAUGCCAUUUUUUUUGAUAACAUGUAGCAAACUGAAUUAGCCUUAAUCUGAGUGUUCAAUUUACGAGGGUUUGGAUUCUUUUUGUAUUUUACUUUUUGAAUCAUGUAGUCGUUUUGUUGGUUUGUUCUAUUUUUACUGGUGAUUCCAAAUCCUGUGGCCUUCCACCUGAAUGUAACAUCCACUGUUACGUUCUGGAUGUCAGCAUGCCAAAGCAUACUAUGCACUGUACACCUGACCUGGUCACUGUGUUACCCUGACGGUUCAUUUAUGGUUCAUGUGGCUGUGUUGUUGACUGGUUGACCUCGGACCUCCCUCGACAGUGUUUCCCCUCAUUCAUGCCCGUUUGUGGUUCCUGGGUGUGCAUGGCUUCCUGGAAGACAAUCCGUCCUAACCAAAAUCCUCAGAAAACAAAAAGAACAGUUGUAAAAAAAAAAAGAAAAGGAAAUUACGUUUUAAUGCACAGUUGCGAUUCUUUCAGUCACUUUUCAGUGUGCUGCUGCUGUAUGAUGUAUUAACGUCGCAUUUUCAUGAAUAUGAAUGGUGUGACAGUAAGUCAGUGUUUUGUGUGUAAGCAGAUAUAUUGCUCAAAUGGAAUGUUUUAUCAGAGAAAAUAUGAAAAGUGCAAAAUACAUUUGCUCCCUGUAUUAAGACUAACUAUGAAAAAAAAAACGUUGCUGCAUAUUUUGAUUUACAUUACUCCAGUGUAAAUAUCAUUUGUAGAUAUUCUUUUUGUAUAUUUUUUGUGAGAUGUUUCUUAAAAUCCACUUUAAUAAAAAAGGCAACCAUGAACUUGA